CUGUGCCCCCCAGCCAUGAGCCGCCGCGUGGUGCGCCAGAGCAAGUUCCGCCACGUCUUCGGGCAGCCGGUGAAGGCCGACCAGAUGUACGAGGACAUCCGUGUCUCCAAGGUGACAUGUGACAGCUCCUUCUGCGCCGUCAACCCCAAGUUUGUGGCCAUCAUCGUGGAGUCUGGUGGCGGGGGGGCCUUCAUUGUCCUGCCCCUUGCCAAGACAGGACGGGUGGACAAGAACCACCCGCUGGUGACGGGACACACGGCGCCCGUGCUGGACAUCGACUGGUGUCCCCACAACGACAACGUCAUCGCCAGUGCCUCGGAGGACACCACCGUCAUGGUGUGGCAGAUCCCUGACUAUGUCCCUGUGCGCAACAUCACGGAGCCAGUGGUGACGCUGGAGGGACACUCCAAGCGGGUGAGCAUCAUCUCCUGGCACCCCACCGCCCGCAACGUCCUGCUCAGCGCAGGCUGUGACAACCUGGUGAUCCUCUGGAACGUGGGGACGGGGGAGAUGCUGCUGGCGCUGGAUGACAUGCACACUGACCUCAUCUACAACGUGGGCUGGAACCGCAACGGCAGCCUCCUCGUCACCACCUGCAAGGACAAGAAGGUCCGUGUCAUCGACCCCCGCAAGCAGCAGAUCAUAGCGGAGAGGUUUGCCCCCCACGAAGGGCUGAGGCCCGUGCGGGCCAUCUUCACACGGGAAGGACACAUCUUUACCACGGGCUUUACCAGAAUGAGCCAGCGGGAGCUGGGCUUGUGGGACCCGAAUAACUUUGAGGAGCCCAUCGCCCUGCAGGAGAUGGACACGAGCAACGGGGUCCUUCUGCCCUUCUACGACGCCGACUCCAGCAUUGUCUACCUCUGCGGGAAGGGUGACAGCAGCAUCCGGUACUUUGAGAUCACGGACGAGGCACCCUACGUGCACUACCUGAACACCUACAGCAGCAAGGAGCCCCAGCGGGGCAUGGGCUUCAUGCCCAAGCGUGGGCUGGAUGUCAGCAAGUGCGAGAUUGCCAGGUUCUUCAAGCUCCAUGAGCGCAAGUGUGAGCCCAUCGUCAUGACGGUGCCACGCAAGUCAGACCUCUUCCAGGAUGACCUGUACCCCGACACACCAGGCCCCGAGCCAGCCCUGGAGGCAGAUGAGUGGCUGUCAGGGAAGGAUGCAGAGCCCAUCCUCAUCUCGCUGCGGGACGGGUACGUCCCCAUCAAGAACCGAGAGCUGAAGGUGGUCAAGAAGAACAUCCUGGACAGCAAGCCUCCCCCAGGCCCCCGCCGCAGCCACUCCACCUGCGAGUCUGACUUCUCUCAGCCAGCCUUGGAGGAGGUGUUGGAGGAGAUCCGUGCCCUGAAGGAGAUGGUCCAAGCACAGGAGAAGCGCAUCUCCGACCUGGAGAACAAACUCUGCCAGUUCACCAAUGGCACGGACUAGCGCGGUGGCCAAGGCCACGGGCAGGGCAAGGACUGCCCCGGCCUGCCGGGGAUUAAAGCCGAGUCCCCACAUUGGGCAGGAGCCCAGAGCCAUGUUCUUUCCCCAGGAGACGAAGGGGCAGGGAGGAGGUCGAACCCUGACACCCCCCCCACUAGCAUCAGUUGCAUCUUGCUUCUGGGGUGCCCCAGCAUAUGGGCACCCCACUGCAGCACCCAAGGGGGUCCCGCUUCAGUGCCCGCAGGCUGGGGCUGCCAAGCAUCCUUCUGUGGGGACCUGCAUGCUGGGCACCAGCAUCCUCCCAGGAUGGGGAGCUGCCAGGCCCUCCUGGCCAGGAUGUGCUUGGGUACGGUGCUACAUCCCCAUCCCAUCACCCCCUCACCUCCCCCUGCCCCAUCGCCCCCUCGGCAGGUGCUCCCAACCAGCUCUUUGCUCCUGGACCCCUUUAAUAAAGGGCUCAGCCACCCUUGG